GCAACCACAAGUACUGUGCUCCUAAUAGAUCUACAUGCAAUCAUGGGAGAGGGAAGAGAAGAAGUUAGUGAGCAGCCCAAAAGAAGGUUGUUCUCCCUGAGAGGCUGGCAGCCCACAUUGGGAGGUGCCUUCAGGAGCAUCCUGGUGGCUAGAAUGAUCAGUGCAUUCUGCAUGCACAUCUCCGACUGUGAUGAAACAUUUAACUACUGGGAACCUUUUCAUUAUAUUGGUUUCCACAAGGGGUUGCAAACAUGGGAGUACUCACCAACCUACGCUCUCCGUUCCUAUGGCUACCUGCUGCUACAUUUCAUUCCCAUGCAGCUGGUACGAUCAGGAAACAAGAUGCUAGCCUUCUACAUGUUGAGAGUAGUGUUUGCUUUUAUGUGCACUGUGUGUGAGUUCUACUUCUACCGAGCUGUUUUGACCAGGUUUGGAGCUCAAGUAGCCAACUGGACCCUGCUGUUCCUCUGUGCCAGCUGUGGCAUGUACAUUGCCUCCACUGCCUUCCUUCCCAGCUCAUUCGCCAUGUACCUCACCAUGAUUGCCAUGGGAGCAUGGUUCCUGCAAAACUAUGAGCUUGCCAUCUUUGCUGUGGCGUUCAGUACUUUGGUUGGAUGGCCCUUCAGUGCUGCUGUGGGAUUGCCCAUUGCUGUGGACCUUGUCAUCAAACAGCGGAAGAUUGUCUUCUUUACAGCCUGGUCAUUCUUCUGCUUCAUUGUCAUCUCAGUGCCAUUGAUAGCUGUGGACUCGUACUAUUAUGGGAAGUUUGUGUUUGCUCCCUGGAACAUUCUCAAGUACAAUGUGUUUGGUAAUGCUGGGCCUGCCUUGUAUGGUGUGGAGCCAUGGUCCUUCUACUUUAUCAAUGGAUUUCUCAACUUUAACGUUGUCUUUAUCCUGGCUCUCCUGGCAAUACCUCUCAUAGAGUUCAGGGUUCUCUUUGACACACUUGCCUGUACUCUGGGAGGCGAGAGAGUUCUCCACAACACUCUCCAGGUGUACAGUGGCCUGAGGGACAGCUCCACCACUGCAGUGAGCAAGAGCUAUAGACAUGUCAUUGGGUCGAUGCUGGUCUGGAUACUGGUGUUCUUCACACGCUCCCACAAGGAGGAGCGUUUUUUGUUCCCUAUCUACCCCCUUUUUGGUCUGAGUGCAGCGGUCACCCUGACACUACUGCCAGAGACCACACCCAUCAUACUGGGCUUACUCAGAUGUCCACGACCACUGAGGAGACUAGCUCGGUCCUGUGUGAACUGGGUGCCAUCAGUUGUGGCUGUGGUGUAUGCACUUCUGUCGUUGUCUAGAGUAUACGCCCUGUACAGUGGCUAUAGUGCUCCCAUUGAAGUCUACAAAUCGCUUUACUAUGAGGACAUACAGAACAUCGUUCAGCCCAUCUAUACUGAUGUCAACGUGUGUGUGGGCAAAGAGUGGUAUCGCUUCCCCAGUAGCUUCUUCCUACCUGGCCAUCGGUGGAAUCUUCGGUUCCUGAGGUCAGGAUUCAAAGGUCAACUCCCUCAACCGUACACGGAAGGCGCAAAUGGAACGUGUAUCAUACCCAAUGACAUGAACGAUAUAAAUAAAGAAGAGCCAUCCAGAUAUUUUGAUAUCUCUGAGUGCCAUUUCCUAGUGGACCUAGAUCUGCCUGAAUCAUCUGACGAAGACCCUAGCUACUUCAAGGACACCAAGACAUGGAAGCUUGUAGCUAGUCACCCAUUUCUGGAUGCUCAAAGGUCUCAUAAGUUCUAUAGAGCAUUCUAUAUUCCGUUCCUCUCCAAGAAGUAUACCAAAUAUGUCGACUAUGUCGUGUUAUUAAACAAGGUACUUUUCGAGAAAAUCAAGAAGAAAUUAACUCCAAAUUACCACAAAUCUGCUGCAUAUUGAGUAUAGUUUAUAAUGGAGUUUUUACGUGUUAAACUUGUUAUUGAUGACUUUGGGCUAUGGCGAUCUUUGCCAUAAUUGAAA